AUGGAUAUUCGGAAUUUGGUACGUGCUGUUAGGUCGUAUAUUGUGUUAACCUGCUUCGUGUCAUUAAUAUCUUUAAACUUUUACGUCAAUGUCUGGGUAGAAGACGCAAACGAGAAUUUCGUUUUAGAAUUAUCCCCGGAUCAUAGUUCUCACCCUGAAUCCAAAUAUAUUCUGUUAGGGUAUAAAAACAAUUCGAGCAUAGGUAAUACUUCCAAACCACCUUCAGAAGUGACGCCACGGAACUAUCUUGAGGCACCUAUGACGUACGGUCACAGUGAUAAAACGAAAACGACGUCGCCUCCACCGAAACUGCCGGGGCUGUGGCCGGAGUUAGAGAAUUACGAGGAUGACCGCAUAGAGAAACAACUGAAUUAUAGACCAGUAUCGAUAGACACUAGUACAACCUCAAUACCUGUGAAGACAAUCUUGUUAUAUAAUGGUUAUAAAGAUUGGGGUGUGAAGGCGGGGAGGCAGACGUUCCUGGAACAGAAGUGUCCCAUCAGCCACUGCCAACUUACCGACAACAGACGAUACGCCUCGUCGGCAGAUGCCGUUCUUUUCCGUCAAAAUCCGCGAUUCCCGUGGUACCGACGACCACCAGGUCAAGUUUGGAUCCUGUAUCUUCUAGAAGCUCCAUAUUUCACACCAAGUUUACGUAGGUUCAAUGGUCACUUUAACUGGACAGCAUCUUACAGACGCGAUUCCGAUAUAGUGGCACCAUACGAAAAAUUUGUCAAGUACAAUAGAACUGUGCCCCAUAUUCAACCUAAAUUGACUAAAAACUACGCGGCUGGAAAAACCAAAAAAGUUGCAUGGUUCGUUUCAAACUGUCGGGCAACCAACACUAGACUCGAGUAUGCAGAAGAAUUGUCAAAAUAUAUACAAGUUGACAUUUUCGGGAAGUGUGGCGACAAAAAGUGUCCGCGCGGACAGAAUUCCUGCUCAGAAAUGUUAAAUAAAGAAUACAAAUUUUAUCUUUCUUUUGAGAACUCCAACUGCAGAGACUAUAUAACUGAGAAAUUCUUCUUCACUGGUUUACAACAUGACGUCAUUCCAAUUGUGAUGGGUGCCGCCCCCGAGGACUACCGACGAGUCGCUCCACAUUAUUCCUUCAUACACGUCGAUGAGUACACAAGCCCUCGAGAACUUGCAGAAUAUUUAAAUGAUUUAGACCAAAAUGACGAUAUUUAUAACGAGUACUUUAAAUGGAAAGGUACAGGUAGCUUUAUCAACACGUAUUUCUGGUGUCGCGUGUGCGCCAUGUUGCACGACACAUCACGUGCACACACAAAUUACGGGAAUAUAGAAGAAUGGUGGAGGGGCCGAGAUGUAUGCAUAGGACGCGAUAAAUGGGGUCAACAUACUCGGAGAGUACCCUAUAUAUCGGAUUACUAUAAAAAAUAUCAUCAUUGACGUUUCAUAAAAAUCACUUGGACAAUAUCACGUGCAAAAAAGUGUCAUACUUUAUUGAAAAACAAUAUUCAUGACUGUAUAUCUAUGACACA